AUGAGACCGGAUAGACGCACAUAUGCCCAGCAUAUAGCAAAUAGAGUUCGCUGGAUAUUGAAUGAAGAAAAGAUACCCCGGACAGAGUUGAGUAUGAUAGAAAACAGCUGUUGGCCAGACAUAAUUCUUGGAAAUGAGAGUGACGAAACCAUUGUUGAAAUAGUUCCUCAUGAAAAUAAUGAACUGGCACCUGAGGACGAGAAUAUCCGGGGCGAAGGAGUGGGCUCACAGGCUCACAUUUUUGCAGCGUUGAACAGGAACCUGUUGAAGUUCAGAGGAAUGGAUCCAAAAAUUAGGCCAAAAAUCCCGAGACUCAGGCACUGCAGAAAGCUCAAAGAAGAUAUGAGUGCGGUCGACAAGAUACUGUCAAGGAUCAUUGACAGGGACCACUCUCUUCUACAAAUUGUGGAUAUGGUUUAUGCGGGGGCCAUAACUGUUGCUGAACUCCAGGGUAAGACGGAAUCGCCGGUUGAGAUGAGGAGGCCUUCUGGUGAUCCGCCAUGGAAGACACGCCUAGAAAAAAAGAUCAUUACAUAUAGAAGUAAACUUGGUAGCAUUCAUACUUACCUUUCCACACAGCAACCGUCCAGGAGAGUAAUGAAAUCAAUGAAGAUCAUAGCAAAACAGUAUAAGCUAAGGCUUGGUGCGGGCGAUUUCCAUAAUAAGAUCAGGUUAGCAGCAGACAACCUUAAACAAAAAAUAAAAGCAUUAGGGGCUAGAUUGCGGCGUUAUAAUGACAGGACUAAGAGGUAUAGAAACAACCGUCUGUAUUAUGCGAAUCAAAAGGAAUUUUUUCGUAACUUGGAGGGGGGGCUGAAGCCUGAUGGCCCACCACCGGGAUGUGGGAGUAUGGAGGCCUUUUGGAGUAAGAUAUGGAGCGAGGAGGUCAGUCACGAUGAGGGUGCUGACUGGCUGAAGGACGUGGAGGAUCAAUCAGGGAAAAGUAUUAUGAGUGAGGUACAUAUAGAUGUAACAGACGUACAGUGGGUCUUGAAGUCCGCGAAUAACUGGGCCGCACCAGGAGUUGACAACAUCCAUAACUUCUGGUGGAAACAUUUUGGGUCAGUUCACUCUUCCCUAGCUCGCCUGUUUCAAAAAUGUUUGGAGAAACCUGAGCUGGUCCCCACUUACAUGACUAGCGGAAUAACAUACAUGCUACCAAAGGGAUCCGAGUCAGAGAAUCCAGCAAACUACAGGCCAGUAACAUGUUUGCCAACAAUUUAUAAACUACUAACUGGAGUGCUAACGCGACAUAUCAACAACUACCUGAGAACCAAUAACAUUCUAGCUAAAGAACAGAACGGAUGCAAAUCCAAAACUAUGGGCGCGAAGGAACUCCUGAUAUCGGAUCUAAUUAUUACCAAACACGCAAGGAAAAAACUACGAAACAUCUCGGUGGCAUGGAUAGACUAUAGAAAAGCGUUCGAUUCUGUGCCCCACUCGUGGUUGCUCAAAGUUUUGAGCAUGUACGGAAUAUGUGACUCGAUAAUAAACCUCCUAAAACAUCUUAUGAGCGGAUGGCACACUUCGCUUGUGCUGAGAUCUGAAGCGGGUGUGCUGAAGACGGCUGACAUCGAAAUCAAACGGGGACUGUUUCAGGGGGAUACACUGAGUCCUCUAUGGUUCUGCUUGGCAUUGAACCCCCUAAGUGCACUGAUUAACAACCAAAAAUACGGAUAUAUUCUAGAUAGAAUUAAAAAAAUUAAAAUAACCCAUCAGCUUUAUAUCGAUGACCUUAAGCUGUAUGCAUCUAAUGAUGAAGAACUGGCAAAACAGAUACAGAUCGUAGCUACAUUCAGUGAGGCCAUAAGAAUGCAAAUGGGUCUAGAUAAAUGCGCAAGGCUUACUGUGAAAAGGGGAAAAAUCAGUGAGAGUGAUUCUAGCUUCCUUGAUCAGGACGCCAUUCAGACUCUGGACAAAGAUGAGACAUAUAAAUAUUUGGGCAUACAACAGGCCUUAGAAAUUAAGAAUGCUGAAAUGAAAGAAGCCUUUACCAAAAAACUAUUGUGGCGUGUGGGUCAGUUGCUUAGGUCCAAACUCAAUUCAAGAUCACUGUUUCUGGCUUUGAAUACGUGGGCUAUGCCGAUAAUGACAUACACUUUCGGAGUACUCACCUGGUCGACUACGGAGUUGCAAGCCUUGGAUACAAAAAUUCGAACCAUCUUGACGAAAUACGGAGUACAUCACCCACACUCCUCCGUGGCUAGACUCUACCUCCAAAGACACCUGGGCGGAAGAGGAUUGGUUAAUUUAGAAACAGCUCACAAUAAGACCGUAAUAAGAUUGAGGGAAUAUUUUAUGCAGCAGAACUCACCUUACUUCAGGACCCUUCGGGCGAUCGAUGUGGGAUGCUCUCCAUUGCGGCUCUCGGACUCAGGAUUCGCUCCGCCGGUCCGCACUCAGCAAAGUUUUCGGGAAGAAUGGAAGGCUAAAGCUCUGCAUGGUAGAUACCCCAACAAUCUAGAAAACAAUAACGUAAAUAAGGCAGAAUCAUUGACUUACAUGAAAGCGGGCUAUCUCUUUCCUGAGACCGAAGGCAGGUUGCUCGCAAUACAGGAUCAGGUGGUUCCAACCAGAUCCUACCUUAAAAACAUUGCAGGACAACACCUGACCACUGAUUUGUGUCGGAAAUGCGGGCAGGGACGAGAGCAUAUUCAGCACGUGACAUCUGGGUGCUCCAUCCUUGCGCCUAGAGAAUAUACCGACAGGCACAACCAAAUGGCGAAAAUUUAUCACCAGGCCAUUGCGCUGAAAUACAAUCUCCUCAAAGUCAAGAAAAAAAAUCAUCUCUACUUACCUGAGGGUGUCCUCGAGAACGAAUCCUAUAAAUUAUAUUGGGAUACCACGAUAGUGACCGAAAGACCAGUGGCGAACAACCGACCGGAUAUCGUUCUGUUCAAAAAAGAAAGCAAAAUUUGUUAUAUUAUAGACAUCACAGUACCAUCGGAUGAUAAUAUCUCUAGGGCGUACACGGAAAAAAUUAGUAAAUACUAUGACUUGUCAUUCAACUUAAAAGAAAUGUACCAGUUAAAGCAAGUAGCCGUUGUUCCACUGGUAGUCUCGGUAAACGGGCUUGUUGAAGAACAUCUUUCCGUGAACACAAUGCUGCUGGAGCUGGAUGGCUAUGUUAUUUCGAGUGCUCAGAAAGAGGUGAUAUUGGGAACAACACGCAUUGUCCGACGAUUUCUCCAUUGCUCGUGA